AUGUCGUCUGGAUUUGUUUCGGCCGGCACCAACGAGGCCCCAGUGGAGCGGGAUGAUGAAUGGCUCAAGGCUCAACAGGAAUUGGAGGAGGAGCGGAGGCACAAGGCCGAGAUAGGCAAGCAGGAUGAUGGAAAGAGUCUCUAUGAGGUCUUGCAGCAGAACAAAAGUGAGCUCACCCGUUAUCUGCACCGGGCCACCCGAGUGAGGCUACCAGUGUCCCAUGGGGUGAUUUGUCUUUUUCUUGGAAACACAGUGGCCAAACAGGAAGCAUUCGAGGAGAAAAUCAAGCUGAAGAACCAGUUCCGCGCCCUGGACGAGGAUGAGGUCGAUUUUCUGGAUUCGGUGCUCGAGUCGACGCGCGCCCAGGAGGCCGCCGUGAAGAAGGACACCGCCGACCAGCUCGAGGUCUUUCGCCGACAGCGCGAGGAAGCCGAGAAGGCUAUGCUGGGGCCAACGUCCUCUGAUGUUACACCUGCGGAGGAAGAGGAGUGGACAAUACCGGCGCGCAAGCGACGACGCGACAAGAACAAGGAUCUGUUGGUCCCGGGCAAAAAGCGCAAGCCGUCCUUGACGGAGACUACAGGUGCAAAGGCCGAUCCCUCCAAAAAGGAAGAGUCGCGCAAACCCAGCCUGGACAGUGGAUCGGCCAAAAAGCUUGACCAAGCGCCACGCGCGGCUGUCGCAGCUGCAUCUGCACCUCCCGGGGCCUCAUCCAAGCCAUCGCAAGACACGUCUGCAGCUGAACCCGCUGCCAAACCGCCAAGUGCGAAGAAAUCAAAUAUAUCAGGGACUCAAUCCGCAGAAACUAAACCGGCGAAGCCAGCGUCUGUUUCACUGGGGCUGGCAGCCUAUGGCUCUGAUUCUGACUCGGAAUGA